UUCUUGUGUGAUGGGUUUAUUUUAAACCAUGAUUUCAAUACUUGUGCUCUAUGUUUUAGUCCAAGUGUUUUUUGCAAGUGCAGAUGAUUGCGAUUAUUUGGGAGUUUUACUUUACGAGGACUUGGGAUGUGUUCCUCAAUACAGCGAAGCGAACACAAACUCCGAAUGUCCUGUUAAAUAUUCCUGUGAAGGUUUAGGACCAUGGUACGACUAUUGCCACUUUAGGGGAAACAUUUAUGAAUUUUCUCAAGUUGUUGAAAAAAAUUUAUCUCUUCCCUCGUGUGAUGAGGGUUGUUUUUGCAGCAAUUUUUACACUGGAUACAAUUUUGAGUGUGCAGUUUUGGAUUGUCCUGAGUGGUUUGGAGAGCCAAUACCGGAAGGAUGUUACAGGAAAUACACUUUGGAACAUUGUUGUUCAAUUGGGGAAACGUGUCCUUCUUUUACUGAUGUCACAAAAUGUGUGAUUGAUGGAGAGGAGUAUUUAGAAGGUCAGGAUUUUUACCCUCAAAACACCUGUCUGAGGUGUGUUUGCCAGGAAGGGUUUAUAGGUGACUUAGGGCCACCUUUUUGCAAAAGAAUCUCUUGUGGUGAACAGCUCAAACACGCUGUGUUCCUCCAAGAAAUUUGUGCCCCGGUUUAUUACCAAAAAAGUGACGAGCCGUUUUGUUGCCCCAAUGACUGGAUUUGUGCCAACGGAUCAGAAGUGAUUAGAGGCGAAGCUCUAUCAGAUGAGGUUUGCAUGUUUGGCGAGUGGACGCUAAAAGUCGGCGAAUGGUUUAAAAACCGUGAUGAAAUUUUGUGUGAAUGUUUAAUUCCGCCUCUGGUGACCUGUCAUCUCUUUGAUAAAUAUGACGCUUUAUAAUUUGAGCUAAUUAAAAUGAUUGUCCGUU